UAGCGCGCAGUGAUCGCUCGGUCGCCGAACGUACCACACGUACACAUCGCUCCUAACUACGAACGCAUAUAAAAUAAACAAAAAAAUACCCGACCUUAAGUGACCCUUUAGUGCGCCGAGCGGCCGACACGAACGAACCGACUUCGCGAAGACCUAACGCUUCUAAAUUAACCACUAACAUACAAUUGAGCUUCUAUUAUUUAUAAAAAUUAACAAAAUUAAAGUGUAAAUCAAAAGAUAGUGUAAAGUUUUUUAAAUGUUAACGGCCGGUCUCGGGUAGAAUACGUCGCCGAGCUCUCAGAAUGUCCGAAGGGGACGUGUCGUUGAUCCGCGACGAGGAUCUCCUGCGUCGCAUGUGGCAGCAGACUCAAGACUUCUCUCGGAAGAAAGAGAUCCGCGCGCACAUGUACCGGCUGCGCGAGGAGCGGCUUCGCAACCUCUACUCGCCGGAGCCCGCCGCCGACACUAAAGGUUGUGAGUUCACGUCGUCGCAGGGCCAUGUGAAGUCUUUCGCGGACCAAAACUUCCAAUCCAUGAAGAGCAAGGAGGUGCGCGACGCGGGCUCCCCGCCCAAGGAGUUCGCGUAUCGUGGCCAAGAUCUGAAAGAGCUUUCCAACGCCGGCUGGAAUGUGGAGUCCGAGAACAGAACGACUGACGAUGGCCACACCCACAUCAAAACUGUUCAAGCAAACAUCGAAGGCAAAUACGACGUAGAGGGCGGUCAGGGCCAGUUUGCAGCUGUCGAUCACCAUAAGCAAGCUGUCACCCAGUACGACGACGGCAACACCAGCCUGAAGAGGAACGAGAGCUCGUCCAACACCGCCGCUCACGAGCAAGUCGUUCGUCAAACCGACGACGGCUCACAUUUCUCAAGCACCACCAGCUCCUCUACCUCUACCUCCAAAUUCCAGGAAUUCUCUUCGACCACCCAUGACGCUGUGCCGUACAUAACUGACGACUCGAGUGUAAAAGAACAAUUUUAUAAUAACAAACGUAACGAGGAAAUGACUUCAAAAAGGAUUACUAAGAGGAACGACUUCGAGAAUAGUUUGAGAAACACUAAUGAGCAAGGAGAACUAGUUUCGAGAAAAAUAGAAUAUCCCGAUGAUAAUACAAAAGUAAUAGUAGAGACGAGAUGCCUUCCCGAUGGGACCAGAGUUACGAGCACUCGCCGAGAGUUUCGAGCGCCUGUGGUCCACAGCAGUCGCUCAGAGCGCCAUUCGCAGCAAAGCGAAAGUAAAUCCUCGACCUUUUCGUCGUCUACAAAACGCUCAGAUAUAAGGGAAUCUUUGUCUAAAAAAAUUGGUGAUACGUUCACCGGCCAUUCUGACGACAUUGUUGACCAUCAAAGACAUUUAGAUGACCACGAUUUUAAGAGAAAUCAUGAUGAUUAUUCUAUAGACAAAAAGGGUGAUUACGAGGAGAAAAUCCAACGCCGCAAUAAAGAACAGAGAAGUGAGAGUAAGGUGGAAGAAGUUACUCGACGAGAAGUAAUAUCUUCAGAAGAUGACCAACAUAGUAGACGCAUUCAACAGGUGCGAAAAGUAGGCGAUGUCAAAGACGAUAUUCACCGAGAUGUUAUAUUAUCCGACUACAUCCAAUACGACGUGCGCAAUGACAUAAACAAGUUAGAUAAUCUUUAUCAGCGUGAACCGAUAUCUCACGACAAUGACCAUCGUGUCCGACACCACGACAUUAAAGAAUUUGAUAAUGUAGAUCGGAUGGAAGUAACGACAUCGGAAGACAAACAGCAUAUUCGACGACAUGAGGUAACAAAGGUAGAUGACACUAACUUCGUUAAUCGGGAAAUAAAAUUAUCUGCGGAUAAUCAGAGUUUAAAACGUCACGAUAUAAAAGAUGAAACCGUGUACAAACAAGACAAUAAAGAAAUUGUACAUUUCGUAAAGAAUGAUACAAAAGUCGAAGAAACGGUUGAGCGUAAAACUAGUACAGAUUCAUAUCAAACUACGUAUCAAUCUGAUUAUACCAAGAAAAAAAUAAGCACCGAUUACAGCCCUUCACAUCAAGCUUGGGCUAGCACCUUAAGGUCGGAUACUCCGACCCGUCCGUCUACUAGAGCUUCUUCACCGGGUAGCAGAACUUUUGCAUCGAGUAAUUCUUCCUUAAGAAGUAGUGUCAGCCCAGACAAAACUUACAGAAACCCUACUAGCCGUGGGGGAAGCCCUGACAAAGCCUAUAAAAAACCAUCCAGCCGAGGUGGUAGUCCUACAAAAACUGAUAGAUCGUCUCCGACUCGAAACACCUCAAGAUAUUCUAGCACUCACUCGACGCAUUCUUUAACAGAAAUCAGAACUAAUAAACGGACUGAUGACAUUCAUCACCAUGCUACACCAAGUUCAAAAUCUCCUAACAGAUCCUAUAGCCCCGAAAAGAAAGCUGAAAAAGGGUACCAACCAAGAUCGAGCGUAAGUCCUGAAAAACAUCCUUCAUCAACAAGACCUGACUAUAAAACUACGUCUCCUUCGCGUGUUUCUCAAAGCAAUUAUACUCCAACAAACCCUAAUUUAAGCCCUGAGCGGCCUAAGAAUACAGAAAUUUACACCAAUACAUCUUCUCGCAAAAUUUCGCCAGACCGAUCAAAUGUGUCUAGACCUACGCCAAGACUAAGUCCAAGCCCUAAUCGUGAACCAAAAGAACACAAGGCAUCGCCCACAAGGGUUACUUCUAGUCCUGAGAGAAAAGCAAGUGCAGGACCAAAUCAAAAUAAAGGUCAAAUUCCUGCAAGAUCACCAAGUCGUGGUAGUUCUCCAGUUAAAGAUUCAACUAAUAUAAGGCGUAGUCCUGCGCCACAGUCUCAUUAUGAGUAUCCCUCUUCUCCUGAUGCCAAGAAACGCGAAACAAGUCCUGUCAAGGAAGGAGUAAAUAAAAAAAUAGAUAAUAGAAUGUAUCCCGAUGAAACACAGAACAAAACCCCUUAUGACCAACCUUGUCAAAAGAAACCAUUAAACGCUGAUGCUGAGACUGAUUACAAUGUGAAACAAUCACUUGAAAAAAAGGACUAUUCUGAUAGACGAAGUGUUAGCCCAGAUAAAAAUAAUAUAACAAGACCGAGCAAAACGCAACAUCCAAAACAAAGUCCAGAAAGAAAACCUUUUAAUGAAAUUCACAGAAAAUCGCCUGACAAAUGUACGUCAGAUAAUAUUAAAGAAAACCAUUAUAAUAAAAAUACGGAGCAAUUAAAAAAUGAUCACUACAAAUUAAUCGAUGAAGAAACCAAAAUGUAUACUCCCGUUACUGACAAAAAAAUAAAUAAAAAUGUGGAAACUUUUACGGAUGAACAAGAUCAACCAAUACAAUAUGCGCCGAAAACGCCAGCAAGAUCUUCGUCUCCGGUUAAAAGUUCCGUUACAUUUACAGAAAAUAACCUCACUGAAAUAAAUUACAGUAAAUACGACCACAGUUCUAAUAUUUUAAGUAAUCAGACACAAAUAAAAUCUGUGACCAAUUCCGAUAAAGAUGAAGAAUUCGAUAAAACUUCAGUAAGGCCGAAAUCCCCCUUAAAACAAUCUAAGCCUAUUACGAGAGACACUAUUUCCCCAACUAAAAUUUUAAUAAAGGAAAAUAAACAUAAACAGACUACUGAUUUCAUUGAUACUGAAAAAAUAUCAGAAGAGACCAACAAAAUUAAAACUAAUGUUGUGAAAGAUACAGUAACGAAGGGACGACCGCGCCAACUAAUAACUCCCUCUAGCAGUCCUACAAGAAAACCAAAAUCUACUGAAGAUGAGCCAUCAACAGGUCAGAGUUCUCCCACUACGUCUGCUAGUGGAUUUGUGUAUUUCAGUUCUCCUCGUAGAGAAGAUGUUAUUGUUACGGACCUUGACGAUAGUAUGACAUAUACGGAUUCAACGGAAGUGUUUACAGACGAUAUCAAUAAGAGAGUUGAGGUAACGAGACCUACGUCGCCUUCAAAAAUACCUUGUAGAUCUCCGUCUCCGCAAAAAAUUUCACCGCCUAACAAAAGUAGUCUUCCUAGGAAAAGCUCUUUAAAAAAACCACCCACUGAAAAUAUUCAAACAUCUCCAACAGAACAUCCGCCAUCCAGUUUCCGAGUGUCGCCGACAACCGAAACAAAAGAUUUCACUGAUCAGAGAGUCCAAAAGGAGAAGGAUCAAAUACAAAAAUCAGAACCUACUCCAGUAAAGCCUAAACCACCACUUGAGCGACGUGAAACCUACGAAGAACGCUGUCGUAAGAUACUUGGCAUGAUGGAAGACAAUUCAUCAAAGAUAUCUACCGAAGAAACUAAAACAACUAUAGUUUCGAAGACUUCUAAGGUUUCCUCUCCUAGUGUGUCCCCUUGUACAAGUCCAGAACCAGGCAACAAUUCUUUAAUUUUGGAAUGUAAAGAUUAUAAUCAAACAAAGGAAGAAAAUAUUACAGUUAGCGACUUUUUGACAAAAGAAAGAGAAGAUUCUAUGAAAACGGUCGUUACAAACCAACUUUUCAUUAAGGAAACACCGAAAAACAACAAGAAAAUAUUUUCUAAGAAAGAUGAAAAGGUAAUAACAGAGGAUUCUUCAUGGGUUAUUGAUCACCAAGUUUCGUCUUCCGGCGAUAUAUCAACGACAAAGACGAGGUCAAAAUCCCCUUUGUCGAGGGAGUUUUUCCCGUCGAAGAAAACCGACAUAGACACAGCAAAUAAAACUCACACAAGAGAAUUGUCGCCCACAAAUAAAACUACUAUAGACAAACCUCAAAAAACACCUUCAAGAGAUACAUCACCUGUCAAGAAAUUAGAUACAGAUAAGUCACAAAAAACAUCUGUGCGAGAUUCUUCGCCUACAAAAAAACCAGACACAACUAAGUCACAAGACACGCCCGCAAAAGAAUCUUCGCCUAAAAAACCUGACUCUGAUAAAGUACAGAAAACACCAGGGAGAGAUUCCGCGGUUAAUAAAACAGUUGUUUAUAAAACAUUAGUACGCGACGCCUCACCUAAAAAGAAGCCUGAAACUGAAUUACCAAUCAGGGACUCUUCGCCGACAAAGAAGACUGAAACAGAGAAAUUAUCAAACAGAGACUUUUCUCCUACAAAGAAAAGUGUAACAGAUAAAUUACCAACCAGGGACUCGUCACCUACAAAGAAACCUGAGUCAGAUAAAUUAUCAACAAGGGAAUCUUCACCUAAAAAGAAGCCUGAAACAGAUAAAUUACCAUCUAGCGACUUUUCACCUACAAAGAAAUCAGUCUCAGCAAAACCACAAGAAUCUCAUCAGAAACAUGAUAAAGAACUACCCCAAAAAGUUCUAUCUAGAGACACUUCUCCAACAAAAUUACGUGAUAUAAUUUCUCACACAGAACAUUACACUGCUACUAAAUCACAGGAUAUGUCAAAAAUUACUGAUGUACAGAAAAUUCACGAAGAAAUUGUUAAUAAACGUACCUCACCGCAUCAAAGUCCUGAAAGAAAACACAAAAUCCCUGAUGAAAAACCUGCAUCGAAAAUACCUGAAAGGAAACCGGGCCCAGAUCGUACUACUUCUCAACAUACUUCGGAUUCAAACGUAAGACACGGGUUGAGAACUUCUUAUAAACCGGACACAGGCACAGAAUCUAAACCUGCGGUACAACCUACAGGACAUAAAUCUCCAAUUCAUCAUCCACAUGACCAAGUUAGCAAAUACGGAAGACCUCACAGUCCGGAGAAAAAAGUAGCAUCCAAGUCGAGUAUAUUGAGAAAGGAGACUAAAACAAACAUUUCCGAUAAACCAGGGAAAGUAACACAGUCUACAGAUAAACCGGAAAAUCAAUCAUUGACUUAUAUUCACAAUAAGGUAGAGGAUCUUACAACAACUGACUAUACAAGUCAAUUUAUAUCGUCAGAAAGAGAACAAGAAGUUUUAGAUCGAGUUCAAAAGUCUCUGAGAAAAUUAUCACCGGAUAGAAAGGAAAAAGCUCCAAGCCGAGAAAAAAGUCCAGAGAAGGCGACUAUUUGCUUACAGGAUAUAGACGUUGUAACAGAAAAUGUAGAGGAAAAUGAAACACUUGAUGCAAACGAAAUCAUUGAAACAAUACAAAAACGCGUAAUAGCCGUCAGACAUGAUAAAACUCAUGCCGAAAAACCUAAAAUUGAUAAAACAAAAGAUCAAAAAGUAUCUAGCAAGCCUUCAUCUAGGAACGUUUCACCUACUAAGAAAGUAACAAACGUGUACAGUCCUAGACCAGAUACUCCUGAAAGUAAACCUAGAAGUACAUCUCCUAAAAAACCUUUUACUUCAACAGAGAGACCGAAAUCUCCGCAAGUGCAGAAAAUUGGAGUUAAACCUAAAGAACAUUUGCCUUCUCAGCUAAUACGUAAACCUUCACCAACUAAACUUGACAAAACUGUAACAAGCGAACAUAAAAAGUCAACGGGUGUAACAAAACAGAAUAGUUUCAACAAAAGUUCAACUACGAAAACAUCGGCUACUAAAGUCAGUGUUGUUAACAAGACCGCUGAUACAGAAAUUAGAAAAACACCAACUUCAAAGAUGUUACACAAAGAUGUGGGUGUUAAAAAAGAAUCCGAUGUAAAAGUUACACGAACAAGUAGUGACAGUACACUUAAAUCCAAGAAGCCAUUAUCACCGCAAAAAAUAAAGUCUAAACCAGAAAUACAAGUCAACGAUAUUUCAACUUCAAAGAUUAAUAAAUUAUCAAGUGUUUCUAAGAACGUUAAAUCUAUAUCAAAAGAGUCACAGUCUAAACUACCUAGUAAACCCAAGUCUGCUACUUCUUUAAAUACAUCAAAUGACGAAGAUGAUGUCAUUAUUGACGUGCAGCAAGCAAAGUCUUCCAGAGAAAAUUCACCAGAUCGUAUUUGUCCUACACCAAUCAAUUUCUCUGAAGAUGUCGGUAUUCCCAGAUUCCCCGAUGAAGUUAAUGAACCAGACGAUGAUUUGAACAAGAGAGCGCAUCACACUAUUCACGAAGCAGAGUCUAUUGUGGAUGACAUAGUUGAGAUAUGUGAAGAUGAUGAAUUGUUUGUAAAAAGAACCGACCAAUGUAAUCUAAUUGAGUCGGAUGAAUGUCUGCUUACAGUCACAGAUAAAGUUUCUAGGUUUACAAACAAGUUUCAGACUGUAAACAAACCUAAAGAAAGUUCUCACCGUUUUAAAGAAACCGAAAAGAGAGUACAUACCGACGUUGUUGAAGAAAAUCUUUCUACAGACGAGUGUUUGCUUUCAGUUUCUGAAAAGGUAAACAAGUUUGCCAAGGGUCCAAGAAAUACAAAGGACAGUGUAAGCCCAUCACGAAACAUAAAAGAUGAGUACGAUAGGGAAACUGUUUACCAAGAUAAUUACACUAAACUUAGCGUUAAUGAUAAGGCUCAUUUAUUUGUUGAAACAGCCGAGAACACAAAGGUCUCCAAGCCAAAAAUAGGUCAAAAAAUAGAACGUCCUGAUUUGACCGAUGUUGACGAAUCUUUAAAAAGCGAUGACUGUUUGCUUAGCGUUUCUGACAAAGUCAAUAAGUUUGUUAAAACAGCUGAACAAUUCUUGUGCGAAUCAUACGAGGUAGAGGAAAAAGAAAAGAAAAUUAAAGAAAAGCACGACAAAAUUAUGAGAAAAAUUAUAGAAAAUAUCGAUUACGAAUCGGAUGACGAUUAUAAAAUUGAUGAAAGUCAUCAAGAAAUACAUAAAGAAGAAUUAGAGACUCGAGAAGAAUCUAUAAAUAAAUCGUUGCUCACUCAGGAGACGACGAAAGAAAGUUCCAUUAGGUCUAACAAGCCAACUGAAAGGGUUCUUCAAAAAAUCACACCUGUACGUAGCAGUGACGCCGUAAAAAAAGCAAAAGCUCUGUUCGAAAAUAUUGCAACAAACAAGCAAACAACUAAAGACAUCACUUACACGAAGGUAACUAAACGACCGGAGAAUAAACAGUUUCCCAAAGCUACACUAACAACAACAACAACUGUUUCCAAGCCGAUAGAUAAAAAAACUCUUAAAGCAGAUAAUUUUGAUAGCAACGAUGACGAAGUGACCUGUACAUCGGAUUUUGGAAGUCCAGGUAAUCUUCAGCAACCAGAACGGAAACAAUCAGAAACGCCACGCCGUAGCCCUGCGCGAACACAAUCUCCAGAUAUUGUAAGGAACAAAUCACCAGCGCAGCAAAGAGUUGAAACAAAAACAACUACAACUAUCACCAAGCAAACUUCAGCUUCCAGAUCCGAGAGAUCAGAAUCUCCUCAACAGAGACGCGAACAUGAUGUUAAUGAAAAAUUGCAUGACAAAGUCCCUGGCUAUUUGCGUCCAACAAAAACCAGCCAACUAAAAGAGGAACCAAAAUUAACAGAAGAACCAGAAGUUAUCAGUCGACGAGGAAGUGGAAAGUUUGGUGUUGAAUUGCGACGGACGAGUAUUGAGAGAUCCACUUUAACAAACGAGCAUCGUCGCAGCAGUGUCGAGCACCACCAGCCGUGUAUUGAAGAUAUCUAUGAUGUUGACCUUCUAGAGCAAAUGUUGGAAAAGGUUGUGGGUUACGAACAGAGACGUCGCAUUCGAGCGCAAAUCCGUAUUGCUAAGAAAAAUCAAGAGAAUGACGCUGUUACCACAAGAAUAACAAAGGAAACCGUGACGACCGUCAAGAAAGCUCCUUCACAGGAACGCCAACCGCGAUCACGCACGCCUGAGUGUCAAUCCAGAUCUACUCCACAAAAGUCACCAGAGAGAGAACCUAAAUCCUACACCAGAAUGCAAUCACCUGGUAAACAGCCCUCGGUCGAUAGAGAACCAUCUCCUGAACUCGAAUCCAACAAAAAGCUCCAACAAAAUGUUCCCAAAUCUCCUUCUCCUGUAAGGCAAUCACCAAGAAGACAAACCGAACAUGUGUCGUCUGAACCUACAAAGCCUAAAGAACAGCAUAGUCCAUUACCUAAUGGUCAUGCUAAGAUACCCGACAACAUUACAGACGAAAAAAGAGCUCAAAGUCCGUCGAAACUUUCUCAAAAGACAAAACCUAUAUCUAAAAGUCCAAUGCGUCCUGGAAGUCCUGAUAAAAAAGGUAGGCCCGUGUCUCCUACAAAAACAGCAACGCCGAAACCGAAAUCCAAUCGUUUUAGCGAGUAUGCUACAGCGUAUAUGAAGAAGAUCGGUCUGAGGUCAGAAGAAGUUAAAACUUCAUCUCAGAAACCCAAAAAAACACCUGUACAAGCUACCGUUACCGUGGUAAAGCAGGAGCAAACUGUUAAAAGUCAAGAGCAACCGAGUCUGGUUCAUGUCAUAGAUGAGCAAGAAACUGUGGAGACCAAACAUUCUGCGACAAUUAUAACAAAGAACGUAACAGAACGUACAUCAUCGAAAGAUGUUAUCGAGAUUGUGCAGGUGAAUGGAAAGAGGUCUUCCUCACUUGAGAAGAGCCCAAGUCCAGCUCGCAGACCUCAGAGUCCAGAAAAGUCUCGGAGCCGUAGCCCUGACUUUCAAAAGCCAGCCGCCGAGCCGGUGCAAAGAAAACCGCACAUAGAAAAGAAAAAGGAACCUGCAGGCAAAGCUGUAAAUGAUAUCGAAAAAAAGAUUUCUUCUAAACCGCAACAGGAGGAGAAACCCUCCUGGGUGACCAACAGGAAUCUCAAGAAAGUGACAUCAUCCGUUCGCACGUACAACACCAAGAAAGCGGAGAAUGAGAAGCCGAAGUAUCGUUCCAUAAGUCCAUCUAAAGUAAUCUCUAAGCCAAUUGACGUAAUCACAUCUAGCUACGGGCCCGGGCCACUCGACGCCGAUGGCAGGCCGCUCUUUGGUAUCAAAGCGCUGAGGAAAGGGGCCACAAACUAUCAAGUCAAAGGUACUGUGAUCCGCCAAGAGUAUCAUUCUAAGAAUGGAGGCGAACCCGUAGGCUCCGUCUCCGUAACCGCGUACUCCACCGAGCCGGAAGACCUGGAGAAGCUGCUGCAGCAGCAGGGCGAGCGGCCCUCCAAGCUACACGGCCUCACCGCCAUCACCACUACUAAGAAGUUUGGCGGCGACAGCGGCACUACAUACAGCGAGAUUCAUACUAAGGAGGACCGCGCCGCACUCGACCAGUUCACACACAGCGACAGGCGCGUCAGCGAGGACAGAAGCGAGCGCUCCUCUGAGACUCGGUACAUAGAGGAUGUCAACGAUAGGAAGCACAGCGUCACUGACAAAGAAGACAGAUAUAACACAGAGCGCCGCCACGUGACACGACAGGACAUAGACAACGAAUACAACGCAGAAAUAACAAGAUCUGAAGAAACAGACUGCACACAAAAGUACAAUCAGGAGGAAAUUUCAGAAACACACGCAAUGGAGAGCAAAAGAGAGGAUAAUCGUAGGCAAAAAGAAACAGUAGACGACGGGUACUCUGAAAUUAUGAGGGAAGAAAGAGUGGGAAGCCGAAGAACUAGUCAUGGUGAAAAGAAAGACGGUAGAUUGCGGGAGGAAAGAGUGGAUAGGAUUGAAAACGUGCAAAGAGUAGAGCCACGAAGCCAAGACACUGGCAGGAAUGAGAGACGGGUAGAGAACAAGAAGACUGUUCUGCGACAAGGUUCCGUCAAAUGUCUUACGGAGAAAUUCAUCAAGAAUGCAAGUGAGAGUAGCAAGAACGAGCGGGUGACGUAUCCCAAGGCGGGGCUCAUCCUGCGGAGCACAAGUAUCAAGGAUAGUGGAUCUAACGAUUCUACACACGCUGAACUGCACCGCACCGACAGCGAGCAGAGCCUGGCCUCUGCAGAGGAGGGCGUGGUGAGCAUCACCAGCAGCCGGCAGGAGCGCGGCGACGGCAUGACAACCACCACGACCACGACGCGCAGCCGCGCGCGUCACGAGAGAUCCUUCCUCGACAGCGACACCAAGGUCACCGGCGUGCAGGAUAUACUCAGCAGGAUGAAAAAUGCUGACAUCGUGGUGGAGGAUACCGACUGCGGUGAGGACGCGGAGGCGCGCGCGCUGCUCAACAAGUUCCUGGGCGCCAGCGUGCUGAUGGCCGGCAUGCAGGGCUACGUCACCGAGAGCGCGGGAGGAAAGGUGGUCAUCAAACAGGAGACGGUGCAACGCAGCGGCGACGGCGAGGUGACCAGCAGGAGCAGCACGGUGCAGCACAUCGACCUCGACCAGUGCUGGGACGAGCGCGAGCUGCGCCAGCUUCUGGAGGAGUGCAGCGACUACGACCAGCGACGUCGCCUCCGUGCGCGCAUUCGCACCCUCAUGGCCGAGCAGGAAGCUUGUACGAGCGCGGUGACGGAGGCGCUGGCGGAGAAAAGAUAUGUGAUGAUCUAUUGUAAAUUGUUUACAGAGGAGGAGGAGGUAACGACGGUGACAUCCAGCGUAAGGAGGAACUCCACAGAGAAGACCGUUAGCACCAGCACCAGCACCACCAUCAAAAAUUCCAAAGUGAUCGAGAGCAUGACGCGCGCGGCGCCCAAGCCCGUCUCGCCGUUUGCCAAGUUCCGGCAGCUCGAGAAACAAAACACCAUCAAUUCCCCCAACGCGCCCGCGAGCCCGCAGAGCCCGGGCUCUCCGUCGCAGCCCUACUUCAAGUUCACCGAUCCCGCGCUGCAAGCCAGCGCCGUCACUAUAAAAGAACGGCUGCUGCACUGGUGUCGCGACAAGACCCGGGACUACGAGAAUGUGAAACUGGAGAACUUCUCGACGAGCUGGGCGGACGGGCUGGCUUUCUGCGCGCUGGUGCACCGCUUCGUGCCCGACGCCUUCGACUACCGCGACCUCUCGCCCGACAAGCGCCGGCACAACUUCACGCUCGCCUUCAAAAUUGCCGAAGAGAAGGCGGGCAUCUACCCCCUGCUGGACGUGGACGACAUGGUGGCGAUGCGCAAGCCGGACUGGAAGUGCGUCUUCACCUACGUGCAGUCCAUCUACCGCCGCUUCAAGGACGAGCAGUAGUCGCUCCGGGCCGCAGUCCCCGGCCGGGCGCGGCUUCUCGGUAGUCGAACGCUUCGGUCGCACGUCGCGUUUGUAAUGUUUCGAUAUAAUUAUUCUUCCAAAGAACGUUUGUUGAAUUAUUUGUUGCUAUAUGUCAGAUGUUUAUCGGCCAGCGAGCCGCCCGACUCGCCGUUUCUCCAAGCGCUGUCUCGUGAACGGUCCUCCUAUUUAUUCUAAUCUCAAGAUGUAUGUGAUUUUUUUUUAUAAAUUAGCUUGUAAGUUAACUAACAAAUACAUAUCUCGAGCGAUGUUAAUGUAGGACAUGCGUAGUAUAUAGUUAUAUUAUAAGAUGUAUUUUCGCUAUCGAUUCCCUCGAGAACACCGCGCGGAGCGGGGAUCGGCAGGAUCGCCUUCACUUAUUUCUCUACAUAAGCAAGCUGUAUCCCGCUGCGCCGCGCCGCGCCGCGCACUAUUUAUAUUACGCGAUUAUAUUUACGAUAUUUUAACACUGUUUUGUUUAUUUACUUCUUUAAUUUGACAUUAAUAAUAUCGGCUUGAAAUAAUUGUCUACUGACAUAAAAACUGACUACAAUUAUUUUAUUAUAAUUUAUAUUAUUAGAAAUGAAAUAAAAUAAAUAAUUAACGUUUUUA